AUGGAAAGUUCCCAGGAUGCUCGUUCAGGGUAAGUGACACACACAAGGAUUGACAACUGAUCACUUGUUCUUUUUCAGCGAUAUAUCGGGCGAAUGGUAAUCUGUACUUUCUGGUUAUUGUCUUUGCAUCCAUGAUUAAAGAUUCGGCUUCGUUCCGUUUGUGAUUUUAUUGAUCUUUUCCUUCAAGAAGAGAAGAAAACCUUCAGUCGAUCAUUUCCAAGAUUACAGACGACGCAGGCAGUAUUCCAGAUUCGGGACUGGUGAGUGAUAUUCUGUUUUAUUCACUUCGUAAUGUGUUUUGUAUCUUUACUUUCAUACAGCGUAGCUCGAAGCAUUAGCUCGUUUUGUUACUUUGGUUUGAUCCACCUAUUAUAUUUUGAUUCAACGCGUUUGCUUCAUUUCUCAAAGCACGGCCGGGCUGUUUUCUUUGACUGGUACAACUUGUUACGGUUGUAGUCCUUACAAAAAAAAUUGGCAAGAUAAGGUCUAUGCUUCUUUAAGUAAAAUCGGUAAAAAGAAACAUAUCCCGGUUGUCAGUUGUAAAGCUCAGUCAAAAACUUAAAUAGAUUCCACCGAAUCCCCGCAACAAAGUCUUUCUGUUGUAUUGCGUGACAUUGAACCCGGGAAUCCAGAGGCAGUAGCCUACGUGUAGCCGCACCCUUCCGACAAAGGAAAAACGGCGAGAGGGAGCGCCGUAGCUAACCAUUUGACUGAAAAAUGUGGAUAGGUGCCCACUGACGAAAUGCUGUCCACAGAAAUUUCGUUUGCACUGUUGUAGUUUAUUUUUAAAAAAGACACCAAUAUGUGCAAAUAAUUAUUGGCUAAUUCCUAAGUCUCUAGGUAUACUUUUUGCCUCCCAAAAUUAGAAAAAUUCUCAGACCAGUCAGGCCUCUAUUACUGGACCCCUAAGGAGGAGUGUUGAAUGGUAAAACCCAUGUCUCACGGAGAUGCUGAGACCCUUGCUUCAAAAUCUGAGCUCAAGACUUAAAUAGGCCUUUUGCGUUAGUUGAUCAUGUGACCAACUUUUGGUAAACACAAAAACAGUUCACUUUUGUAAAAUUUUCUCAGCAUGAGCUUAACGAGCAUAUUUAAAUUCAGUUACCGGUACAUUUUCAGGCAUAUAAUUAUCUCAAAAGUAGCGUGACACAUCCCUACCCAGAUCAAGGGAAUGGUUCUGAUUGGUUAUAUCGUGUGGGAAAUUCGCUUCAACCGAUCAAAAGCAUUAAGUUACAUGUACCAGGUUUAGGCAAUCAAAAGGCAGGAAAUUAGACAACUACAAGUACAAAGUUUCUUGUCAGGGCAGGAAAUAGAAUUUGAUAUGCACUUCCCCAGUGGGCAAGUAAAUUUCAGUUUUCACUUGCCGACAGUUAAAAAUAUUUACCUGCUAGAAGGGAAUACCAUGUCUUAUCCAUCUAUGGUUCUAACAGGAGCAAGCAGUCGCUCACUUGCAGUCUACAGUUUUGAAAACGUUUCUGUCUGCAAAUUACCCUUAACCAACCUGAUGCAUAUACUUUCAGACUGACUCACAAGACCACUGAGGCCAAUUUCACUUGUCCAGCAGGCCACAAGACCUAUUUUUUUUUACUUGCCCAAGGUCAAAAUUUACUUGGCACGGGUAAUCAGAGUUCAGUUUUUUUCCUGCCCUGCUUGUGCAAGUUCCAGAUCUCUUUAUUUGCUUCCUAUAAUAAUAACUUUAUUUUAGUGUCAAUGUAUUUAGCUUAACAGUUGGCUAAUUGGGGACAUCAUUAACUACAUGUAGGAAAGUAGCCGGGUCAUGCUCAUGGUAGCUGAGAGAAACCCCUGGCCAUUCACCCUUAGUGACAGCCCUGCAUCAUGUACACAUGUGUGUUUUUUUCUUUGCUGUAAGUUGUUUAUGUCCCACUUUCAUAAUUACAAGUAUUUGCUUUAGUUGAACACCCUCAACAACCCUUCAAGCCCCAUUAAUGUCCACGUACAUAUUUGCUUGACUGGUCUUCAUUUUUCGUAAAGAAUUACAUGUAGUUGAGAGAAUUUGAUAAAACAUGGUUUGCACGGGCCUUGAAAAGUCCUUGAAAAUUUAAAAAUUGUGGGAUAUCCUAGAAAAGUCUAUGAAUUUUCCACAGAAGUCCUUGAAUAUUUUGAAAGCUCCUUGAAUUAUAACCUUCAUUAAAAAUAGAAUGUUUGCACAAAGGAAUGAUUGGAAGCACAGCAAUACACAAAUUUUCUUGGUGAUCAUGAAAGUGUUUUCUUAUGAUUUCGGUGUUGCCGGCAUAGUUCAUUUUGCAUUAUUUGAAGUACCCUAGGAAGCUUGCCUUAAAGAAGGAAGGUAUUGCAAUAAACAAACCCCCCUCCACCUAUGCAUUUUAAAGGUCGUUACUUCAUGUUACUGGGGAAAAGAAGUCCUUGAAAAAAUAAUUUUAGUCCUCGAAAAGCCCUUGAUUUUUUCCCAAAAAAUUCUGUAUGGACAACGUAAAUGAUCAAAGCUUUUUCUCUUUGGUGAUUACUUUCUUACUUCUCGUGACCUUUUCCAUUGAUGAUGUAGAGUAUCGAUUUCGUUUGGAGAAAAUGGAUGUUGAGCACUCUUAGGAUUUAAAGGGAUAAUGUACUGACGAGCUACGAGCAUAUUGUGAUUUUGUGAUUUUUAACUAUGGAAAUAAUCAUCGUAUCUCCAUGUUACAAUGUACAUGUAAGUAGUAUUAAUUUUUCCUCAAGUAACACUUGAUAACUUUGCCUCCCUAGGAUGAAAGUGACUUUUUACUUGUUGCAACAGAGCAUAGCAGUUUCAAAAGGUAAAAAAUAUACAUUAACGUUUUUUGGAAAUAGCUGGACACAAUUAUUGUCCAGUAAAAAGGUCAAAUAAAAUUAUUGCAAGAUCAGCUUUCACUGCUAUUAACCUGUAGGGGCAAAUUUUGUGUCCUGCUGCUCAAAUUUAAUGUACUCAUGUACUUGAAGCUCUCGUAACUUUUUAAACAGAAAAUAUUGCUGUAACAUCUGCACAAAAAAUUUAAUUUGUGGCUGAUGUUUCUUUAGUUACAGCAUGCUGUAUCAAAAAAUGUAUGUUAAGGAUAAUUUUUUUAUGUCGCGUAAUUUUUGUUUUUCUUUUGUUUUGGAGUAUGAUAAUGUACUGUAUGCUAAUGAAGUUGAAACAAAGGAAAAACAAAAAUUACUUAACAUAAAAAAUGAACUACAACAUAUGUACAUGAGACGAACAUACAGGAAAAUAUGAAGCCUGCAAAGCACUGGCAUAUUUCGCUGUUUGAUCAAUUUGGACGUUCGACUGACUAGAGUUGGGGCGAGCCAAAAAAUGAUUCCAAGGGAGAGGUUGAUGCGUCAAAAUAGGGAAGGGCCCGCCCUUCCUGCUUGCCUGCCCCUUUUCCAUGUACCUUUGAGUCCCACUUUAAAAAAAUACCUGCUCUGCAGGCUAGAAAAUGUGCACAUAGGGCAAAUUAAUAAUAUUAGCAAUUAAUGAAUGAGGCUGAGUAUCUUAUAAAGAAUUACGGAGAUCGAGGAGGGUGUGAGAUCUCCAUAAUUCUUCAUAUGAGACGAAAGCCGAAUUCAAUAAUUGUUUUAUUAUCUAUUCAAAAUAAUUCCUAGUUAAAAAACAAAGCUAAAACAUGCUUACCUCCAUUGAUGUUAAGUUCACCUUCAAUAGUGCACGUUUAGGGUUGUUCAGCUCCGCAACUAUUCUCCAGACACCAGAUGUCGCCCUUCGAGUUGUGUUCUUGCUGUUCUUGCCAUGUUUUUAGCUAUAGUUUUGCCAGUGAAAUGCCCGCCAUCUUUUGUUUUCACGACCAAAACAACUCAACCUCGUCCCCAGGUCUUCUUGGUUAAUGGUGCAUUAACCUGCAAGAACACUGCAGUUUUGACAUCAUUUCCUCGUGAAACACAAAACCCUUCCAAAUUUGGUCAUCAGUAACUGGUUAUGGUGAAUUGUGCAUUUGCUUUUAGCCAAUCAGAAUCAAGGAAAUAUUUUGAAUGAAUAAUAAUUAACAAUUAAUGAAUGAGGCUGAGUAUCUUAUGAAGAAUUAUGGAGAUUGAGGAGGGUGUUAUCUGUGGAGGCCUUAGGCCGUAAUUGUUUUAUUAUUCAUUCAAAAUAAUUCCUUGCUUAAAAACAUAGCUAAACAUGCUUACCUCUAUCGAUGUUAAGUUCAUCUUCGAUAGACUCAUAGUGCACGUUUAGGGUUGUUCAGCUCCGCAAAUAUUUUCCAAAUAGCAGAUGUCGUCCUUCGAGUUGUCUUCUUGCUGUUCUUGCCAUGUUUUUAGCUAUUAUUUAGCCUAGUUCUUACUCUUGAAAUGAGUGAAAUGUCCACCAUUUUUGUUUUCACAACCAAAACAACUCAACCUCGUCCCCAGGUCUUCUUGGUUGACAGUGCAUUAACCUGCAAGAAAGCUGCAUUUUUGACGUCAUGGGUUGAUUAAUGGCUAAAUUUUUCCAAUUUGGUCAUCAGUAGCUGGUUGUGGUGAAUUAUGCGUGUGCCAAUCAGAAUCAGGGAAAUAUUUGAAUGAAUGAUAAUAAGUUAUAAUUAUCAUUAAAUUUAUACACUGUCAUCUACAGUGUACAAGUGUACGUAGAUACAUGUAUAAAAUUUUGCAUGUUUAUUAUUUUCAACUUUUCAGAAAAACCGAACAAGAUGACGGCGAUGAAGUCAGGAAAAUUCCAAAGGAAGACCUUGGAUCUGAUGUCAAAUUCAUCAGUGAUGAAAUCAAGCAAGAUAUUGACUCAAUGCCAGUGCAAAUAUUUCAUGACCUGCCUGGUGAGGGGCCCUUUCCAAUAGCCUCACCUGCACAAGGAGAUGUUCUCAUUCAUGACCAGACACAGCCUGUUUUUCAACCUCUGGCCAUAGAGGAUCCUCACAAUGAAGUAACACAUGCACUGGAAGGUGUCAACAGCUGUACAUUGUUCAAAUUACUUUCAUACUGUUGAUACCCCAUCAGGCCAUGAUCAUCUGCCUCUCAAAAGCGACAACACAUCCAGGAUACCUAAAUCAGUUAUCUGCCCAAUAUACUGUGAUAUACUUGUCAUAUUAUUAACAUUCAUGCCCUGAUAUCAACUUACAUAUUCACAUUACUGUUUUCCAUACAUCUCCUGUUGUACUAAUGAGGAGAAUUUCUUGCUGACUUUUUUUACUGGGUGAUCAUUUUCUUUAUUAUCAUGACCUUCAUGUUUUGAUUGAGUAGUCAUAUACAGUUGUAUGAAGGGCUACCAGCAAUCUAAAGAAGUUAGCACAUCUCUUACAAUAUUCCGUAGCCUCCCUUGAAGACGUUCUUAGGGCCUCAUCAGAUAUCCCUGGCAUGAUGAGCCACAAGAACGUCUGCAAGCGAGGCUACUAAUAGUUACAUGUAUUCACCUUUUUACUGCGCAUGGAAUAAUUAUGUAAGGAGAGGUAGUUGGCUUGCUAGAGGUUCAAAUUAAUGAAUUACAAUGUACUGGGAAGACUUUCAGGUUUGCUAAACACGUUGCCACCAAAGUGACAUGUACAUUUAGAACAGAACAAACAAAUUAAUUUUUUAAUUUUGUUCCUUUUUCUGAUUCUCAUUUCAGAUUCACUAGACAAUGUACAAGUGAGUGCCAAUAGCCCGAUACCAAUGCCGCAGGUGGCUCUGGGAUUGAUCCCAAAUAAGGAUGUGUUGCUGCCAGAACAAGUGUCUGCUGAACAAGUCACCUUACAGUUUCAGAAAAAACUUGAGGACCUUGAACAACAGGUUCAACAUUUUUAGUAUUUUUAAAGUCAGUUUUGUUGGUACAAAGAAAAAAAUUGUGUCGCCUUUGGAACUUCUUUGUAUGGUUAAUUUAGCCUUUGAUAACGGAUAUAAUGUGUACAUGUACAUGAAUUCAGUGUAGUUUUCGUGUAUCUGGCCUAUAUUAUGUUAUUUGCUACUGCAAUAAUUAUGCCUUUUUAAUCGUAAAAAGUAGAGCACUGUUCUACUGACCUUAUGUAUCUAGAGCAUCCCAUACUUCCUAUACGCUCAUAGAGUUUAUGAAACAGUGAAAAUCAACAGUGGCUUUUUCAUUUGGUGCUGUUUGGGUAACAAGUUAUUGCGACCACACCCUUUUUGCAAAAGAUUUGAAUUUUUCAUGUUUUUGGUAGAGCAUUACCGUCGCUUUUAUUGCACUUGUGAUUGACCAUAGAUAAACGUGACGUCAUUUUUAAACCUGAUCAACAUCUUCUACUUAAAUACUCUCUAAUGCUUUCACAUUUUAUUUUUGGGUUUUCUCCGCGCAAUUUUCACGGACCAUGAAGAGUUCCUUAAAUUUUCUUAAAGAUGUAAGCCAAAUGAAAGAUGCAAGUGCGCAAGAAAUUGCAUAUUGCGUGUUCUCGUGGGAGGUAAUUUCCUGCGCGUUUGGGUGUUUCACUCGCUCCACUUUUUCUGGGAGAAAUAAGGGUUUGCUUAUUGUCUAAAAGUGUCUGUGACUGUGUGAACCUGCAAAGGGCAUACAUACAUGUAUCGCUGCAAAUGGUCAAAAUGUCAUGUAUGUGAUAUAUAUACUUGUAAAUGAUGGGCGAAAUAUUGGCGAAUUUCAUCCAUUUUGUCAUUCCUGCUUUUAAGGGUACAGCUACACUGUAUGAUGGAUACUGGUUUAAGUGUUAACUAAGGCCGGGCUUUGAACUUUUUAGAUUUCGUCUGGUGCACUACAUGACAAUAAUUUAAGUAUCCUAUUUAUUUGUCUUUUACUUCAGGUUAAGGUUCUCCAAAACCGCAAUCUAGCUUUGGAAGAGUCUUACAAGAAGCUGUCGGACCUCGUGGAAGCACAAAACCAUUUAUUAGCUAGUGGAGGACCCAUUAUUCAACGCCUUACGCCGACAACUCCUCAAGAGGUCCUCGACGAUACCACUAACCAAAAGGAACCUUCAGGGGCGUCUCCUACCACACCCACUCCAAACGUGCCCCAGAUAAGUGGGAAGCUUUUUCUUGGGCUCUCACAGCAAGCGUCUAAACCAGCUGUGCAAAGCUACGAAUUGCCCAGGAGAGUCUCGGCAAAAGAAGUGCUUAAUCUGUGGGAAAAUGGAUGCGAUGAGUUCCCACCCAUAAAAGAUUGGACACCUACGCAAAAACUAAAGCAACAGAGCAAGAUUUCCCGGUGGAAAAAACUCGUGGAUAUUUUCAAGGCUGAUUAUCACGGCGACAUGAAGAGCUUCGAGGAGAGUUUUUCGGAUGCGAGAGGAGAAGUUCUUCCUGUAACAACGAUACUGUCGUUGUAUGAAACGCAGCAAACGCCAGCCUUUCUCGGUAGAAGCAGAACAGAGCUUGAUGAAACUGUUUCUUCGAGCGGAGACAACAGCCAACAAGAGGCCGACGACGAAGGCAAGAAACGAGUUCGUAACUCAUUGGAUUCUGAAUCCGAAGAUGUCGACGACGGCGAAGGUAACGCUGAUUCCAAAGUCACGGACAGUGGUGUGACUCAGCCAUCCACUGAAGUGCGUUACUAUCUUCCCAGGAAAGUCACGCCAAAGGAUAUUGUUCGCCUCUGGGAAGAGGGCUGUGAAGAAUUCCCUCCUGUCUGCCAGUGGACACGCGCGCAAAAAAUUGGUCAAGAGACUAAAAUAUUUCGGUGGCGCAAGAUCGUGGAGAUUUUUAACAAGGACUGUAACAGGAGCUGGGAUCACUUCUAUGGAAAGUAUGCGAACGAUCGCGGUCAUCUCAUGGCAAUUUCAUCGAUUAUUGCAAAGUACGACGCUGAAAACGCAACCUCGGGUCCCAUUUUCGAUAUCCCUGAAGCUCGAAGCCGCUUAAUCGCAGGGAGCAAAGAGGAAGAUAGCGGUUUAGCGAGUGAAGAAUUGUCUGCCACCAGUACAACGCCUUUGAACAGCAUUGGUGAAGUUAAGGUUGAAGAUCCUAACCCUGGGGAAGGAACCAGUCACAUUUUACCCCGAAAAGUCACCGCUAAAGACAUUAUAAAGUUGUGGGAGACAGGAUAUGGGGAUCUACCACCGCUCCAUAAGUGGACCCCGGCUCAAAAAUCUGGACAGCGCAGUAAGUUUUCACGUUGGACCAAAAUAUACGACAUCUACAAGUACCACUGUAAAGGGGACAUGAGCAUGUUUGAGUCCAAAUUUUCUGAUGAGCGCGGCGAAUUGUAUCCUGUUACCACCAUCGUUGCCAUGUUUGACGCUUGCGAAUCGCCUUCCAGUCUAUCCAGUCCUUUUUCAGGUACAAUGCAAACCGGCAAGAAAGCCGGAGAAGGAUCUGAUACCGAGAUCUACCAGCUCCCGCGCAAGGUCACUGCCAAGGAAGUAGUGCAGCUGUGGGAAGAAGGCUGCGAAUUAUUCCCACCCGUAAGUAAAUGGCAGAAGAUUCACAAAGUUGGUCAUGAAACAAAACUCUUCCGCUGGAAGAAGAUCGUGGACAUCUUUCGCAAGGAUUGCGGUGGAAGCUGGGAGAAGUUUGAGGAGAGGUUUAGUAAUCCGAAAGGUGAACUAUUGCCGGUUUCCGCUAUCCUGUCCAAAUACGAUCUGGAAAACGAGCCACCUUCGUACUUGCCGAAAGGUUUCGCGUCAAGUCUAACUAGCUUUAAAACGGCAGGAAAAGAUCAGAUUACGCGAGUGGAAGAGUCGCUCACCGCUGUACGCUCUGAGAACGAUCAGUUAGUUGAAGAUGAAAAUAAAGAGUUUGCUAGUGAUUCGGAAAUGGUAGGAGGGGAUUCUUCGCCUCAAAAAGUGGGCGCAGAAUUUAUUCUUCCAAAGAAGGUCACCGCACUCGAUGUCAUCUACUUGUGGGAGAAUGGCAUGGGAGACAUGCCUCCACUCUGUCAAUGGACUCCUACUCAAAAAGCCAGCCAGCGUAGCAAGAUUUCGCGCUGGAAUAAAAUAGUGGAUAUUUUUAAGUACGAGUGUAACAGUGACAUUAGAAAGUUCGAAGAAAAGUACAGGGAUGAAAAAGGAGAAUUAUUACCGAUUACGAACAUUUUGAACCUUCAUGAUGCACAUGACAAGGUGCUUUAAAGCCUUUAUGGACACAGCUCUUUCGCAGAUCUUAUGUGGGAUUUUCAGCUCUUGGCACUAUUUCACUAGAAAUGCAUCAGACUGAUCAUUACUCAUUGAAUGAGAGGAAUUUAGUUUCUUGGUUCGAGUAAAUUGCGGUGUUUUUUAUUUUUCCUAAAGCCAUUACAAAGAAAAGUAUUGAUGUCUCGGGCGAGAAAAAAGCAUUUACAGUAAAUAUCUUGUUUAGUUUCCUUUAUUCCAUCUUAUUACUAUUUUGAACAAGUCUUUCGUGUUUUCUGUCGUGCCACACUUUAUUUUUGUUAGUGUGUGAGCGUUUAGAAAUGGCGACUGGCCUGAAAGAACUCUCUUUACAAGAUUCGAUGUUACAUUCUCUGAGUACAUUUUUCAGAACUUUUUCCUUUUGACCUAACAAAUAACAUUUCAAGUCGUAAAGAUUAAACGAGAAUCUUGCUGACUCAGCUCUUUGUGGAAUGGCAAAUCACAUUUUACUCCCAGCUUAACUACAAACUAAAACUGUUGAACACAGUACGUUAUGGCCCGGUAUUGACUAUUUUUAUAGCCAUAUGUGAUGAUGUUUAGUUUUCAUUAAAGUAAAAGGCC